AGCGGAAGGAGCCAACCAAUCACCAAUCACCGAAAACACCGUGCAGCAGCGAAACAGCAGAAACCCGCGAGCGCAGAACGGAAAACCGAAGUCUCCUCGAUGGACUCCUCCGCGGCGUCGGCGGCGGCUGCGGCGGCGGCGCCGGUGGUGCUGGUGACGAACGACGACGGCAUCGACGCGCCGGGACUCCGCUUCCUCGUCGGCCAGCUCGUCGCCGCCCGCCGCUACCGCGUCCUCGUCUGCGCGCCCGACACAGACAGGUCAGGUGUUAGCCACUCCAUCACAUGGCGCCCUGCACUCCGCUGUAAACGAGUUGAUAUAGAUGGUGCUACAGCAUUUGCAGCCUCAGGGACUCCUGCUGACUGUGCUUCUUUAGGCAUAUCUGGGAAGCUCUUUGAUGGUUUGGUUCCUGAUCUGGUAGUCAGUGGAAUCAAUGUUGGCAACAAUUGUGGAUGCCAUGUUAUCUAUUCUGGAACAGUUGGCGGUGCUAGGGAGGCAUUCUUGUACGGGAUUCCUUCAUUAGCCAUGUCAUAUGAUUGGGUCGCAAGUCAGAGCAGUGUUAACGACCUCAAAGUAGCUGCAGAGGUUGUUAUGCCUCUGAUAAAUAAUGUGAUGGCUGAGAUAAAGAAUGGGACAUAUCCUCAAGGAUCAUUCUUGAAUAUAGAUAUACCAACUGAUGCUGCACACCACAAGGGAUACAAAAUUACAAAGCAAGGAAGGUAUAUGGCCAGAAUUGGUUGGGAGCAAACAGUUUAUAAGAAGCCUGCGGUAGAAAGUUACCAGACAGCAAACAUGGAUGUUGACAGUGAAAAGGACAGUGAAGUAGAUACUUCAUCAGAGAAUGACCUAUUGUUUAAAAGAGUGCUUGUGAGGCGAAGUUAUGAUGAAGAGGAAGGGGAUGAUAUCGACCACAAGUGCCUUGUAGAUGGAUAUAUUACUGUUACCCCUUUGGGAGCUCUAUCCCGCGCAGAAGCUGAUGUCAUACCAUACUACAAAGCUUGCUUGUCACGUCUGUGAUCAGGAUACUUUUGUGGCCCACUAAACUGAAAAAGUUGGUGUCAUGGUUGCAAGUUGCAAAUAAAGUUGCAUGAAUUUCAGUUAUUCUAGAUGAUUGUUACUGAUGUAUUGCCAUAUUAUGUACUUCCGUGAUUAUUCAGAGCAUAUGUAUCACAUAGCUCUUACUAUUUAUAACUACAGUUCCACAAUAAUUCUUUGGUAUUAUAUUUUUCUGAGACUUGUUGCAUAUAGAGCUAUAUCAAUUACGUUUU